AUAGAGAGACAGCAAGUUGAGCGCGAGAGGACGUAAAGGAGUAAGGGCGAGAAAACAAGGUCCCUUAGAGCUAGGCUCAAGACAGAGUGACCAUGGCUGUCUCCGCACCUCCAGUGAUCUCUGCAACUUCCAGCGGUGCUGGCGUCCCGGGAGGCUUAUUCCGGGCUGAUCCUCUGUAUUCGUCUCCAGGAGAGCCCCCUCGUCUAACCCCUAAUAUGAUCAACAGUUUCGUGGCCAAUAACCACAAUGGCAGUGUCGGGGGUGGCGGGAUUGGUGGUGGCAGCAGUGGCAGCAGCAACACCAACACUAACGAGUGCCGGAUGGUCGACAUGCAUGGGGUGAAAGUGGCUUCAUUCCUGAUGGACGGCCAAGAACUGAUCUGCCUGCCACAAGUCUUUGAUCUUUUCCUCAAGCACCUGGUGGGAGGGUUGCACACGGUGUACACUAAGCUGAAAAGACUGGACAUAUCACCCGUGGUGUGCACUGUGGAGCAAGUUCGAAUCCUCCGCGGGCUGGGGGCCAUCCAGCCAGGGGUGAAUCGUUGCAAGCUCAUCACCAGGAAAGACUUCGAAACUUUGUUCACCGAUUGCACCAACGCCAGAAGGAAGAGGCAAAUGACAAGAAAACAAGCUGUUAACAGUUCAAGGCCUGGAAGACCCCCUAAGCGUUCUUUGGGAGUGUUGCAAGAUAAUGCUCGCCUUCUGCCCCAUGCAGUCCCAGGCAUCCUGUCAUCAGGACUUAUCACUCCAACAGGUAUAACAGCUGCAGCAAUGGCUGAGGCAAUGAAGAUCCAGAAGAUGAAGCUUUUGGCAAUGAAUACUCUUCAGGGAAAUGGAAACCAAAAUGGGACUGAGUCAGAGCCAGAUGACCUUAAUUCUACCACAGGUGGAAGUGAAUCCUCCUGGGAUAAAGAUAAGAUACAAUCUCCACUUGGUGCUCCUGGACCUCAGCAUGGAAUUACUCAUGCAACACUGGCAGGACAGCCAAGCCUUGGGGGUACUCCUACUAUCAAUCCACUUCAGCAGAAUCACCUGCUAAGCAAUCGUCUCGAUUUGCCUUUUAUGAUGAUGCCUCAUCCCCUACUUCCAGUCAGCUUACCUCCUGCAUCAGUUGCCAUGGCAAUGAAUCAGAUGAAUCAUCUCAAUACUAUUGCCAACAUGGCUGCUGCAGCCCAGAUUCAUAGUCCACUCUCCAGAGCUGGUACCUCUGUUAUAAAGGAGCGGAUCCCAGAGAGUCCUUCUCCUGCUCCUUCUCUGGAAGAGAGUCAUCGUCCUGGGAGUCAAACUUCCUCCCACCCAAGCAGCAGUGUGUCCAGUUCUCCCUCCCAGAUGGAUCAUCAUUCAGAGAGAAUGGUUAUGAUGCCCAACAAUAGAGAAGAACUUAUUGUUGAUCAAGAUAAUGGACAAAGCAUAAAAAAAUUCCAAAGGGAUAAUAAAGAUAUCCAAUUGUCCCAGCACCAUUUGUUGAACACUUUUCUCCACUGGAUUGAGUUGGCACCAUUAUCAAAAAAAUCACUUCACCAUCAAAAAGAAGUACCAGCUCAAAUUCCAAUGAUGAAGUCAUCCUUGGACAAGAUCCAGUUGGCUCCUGGACAGGCAUUGCCCUCUGGAUUCCCUGGACCAUUCAUUUUUGCUGAUAGUCUGUCCUCUGUGGAGACUCUGUUGACCAACAUUCAGGUCAACAAUAUUUCUAUAAACAAACUAAAUGGUCUACUGAAAGUGGCUUUGGAUAAUGCUCGCAUCCAGGAGAAGCAGAUUCAGCAAGAAAAGAAGGAACUGCGAAUAGAACUCUACAGAGAAAGAGAAAUUAGAGAAAACCUGGAGAAACAACUUGCAGCUGAGCUUCAAAAUAGAAGUACAAUGCAAAAGCGUCUGAAAAAAGAGAAAAAAGCUAAGAGGAAACUUCAGGAAGCCUUGGAAUUUGAAUCAAAACGCAGAGAGCAAGUGGAGCAGGCACUGAAACAAGCUACAACUAGUGACAGUGGUCUGAGGAUGUUGAAAGAUACUGGAAUUCCAGAUAUUGAAAUAGAAAACAGUGGUACACUUCAUGACAGUGCUGCUAUGCAAGGCUGCAUCUAUGUCAAGGCAACCACGCUGCUGGGCAGCUUAGGAAAGUUUGGAAGCAGAUGUUUCUGUAGCUUUGAAAAUCAUUUUAUUAAAUCCAGAAGCAUCAGAUUUCAUGGACCUUCUGAUAAUGUUUGA